GCCCUUCCUGAUUCAAUCAUUCCCUGCGAACGCUUCACGCGUACGUGUCGUUCUCUCGACCCUGUAAAUACAUAGCGUAGUUUAGUUAACCAUGUGUUUAGCUAAGGAAGAAACGUCACCGCCAAAAGACGCUGUAUCUCCCCGCUCGCCAUGGGCUAAGCUUCUGAACCGUCAGAACCCAAAGCCUAAGCUUCCGCGGAAGGUGACAAGCUCCACGCGAGUGAAUCUAAACAAGUGCUGGUCGAAGUUGGGGGAGUUGAUCUCCAACACUUCGUCGCGCGCUGACCUGCCAUCGCAAAAGACUGCAUACCCUGUAGAACCAAUCCUGGUGCCAUUUUCUGACUUCUUCUAUCCCGUGGAACCGGUGAAACCGAUCCCAGUAGAGCACGUCGACAACACCGAGAACCAAGACAAACUUAACACCAGCCGUUUCGAGAUCAUCCCUGACGAUCUCGAAGUCAUCGACAACAUGGCCAACGAAAUUCGCGAAAUCUGCUACUCGUCGACGAGGAACAACUGCUUCGUAUGUAAACUUUGUAACUAAUUUCUUAACACUUCCAAUUACUCUCUACUGUCCCAAUUUUCUUCGCUGGUUCUUUUAGCGUCUAAAUUUUUAUGCAGUGAAAACAAAAUCUUGUCUUCCAAGUAGAUUAAGCGCCAGCUCACGGUUUCUGAGCAUAUCCAAUGUCUUCCAUGUUUAGAUUUAGUGAAUGCUGA